UAAUCACCUUACUAAAGCAAGAUGGUUGUACUUCAAGCUGGUGAUCAUGUAUGGCUGGAAUCCCAUUCAGGAAAAGAGUUUAAUGUGCCCAUUGGGGCAGUGGUGAAAGUAUCUAACUCAGCACGACUCUUGCUGGAGGAUGAUGAAGGCAAGGAGCACUGGAUCACAGCUCAAAACAUUAGCGCAAUGCGACCAAUGCAUGCUGCCUCUAUCCAAGGAGUGGAAGAUAUGAUAUAUCUUGAAGAGAUGAAUGAAGCUGGCAUGGUACACAAUCUAUAUAUCCGCUACAAGGAGAAUAACAUCUAUACCUACACAGGCUCUAUUCUUGUAGCCAUCAAUCCAUAUCAAGUGCUGCCAUUGUAUACCAUGGAACAAAUCCAGCUCUACUUCAAUAAGAGAAUUGGGGAACUGCCUCCUCAUGUCUUUGCCAUUGCUGAUAAUUGUUAUUUCAACAUGCUGAGAAAUAAGAAAGAUCAAUGCUCUGUCAUUAGUGGAGAGUCUGGAGCUGGGAAGACGGAAAGCACAAAAUUAAUGUUGCAGUUCUUAGCUGUUAUUAGUGGUCAACAUUCCUGGAUUGAGCAACAGAUUCUUGAAGCCAAUCCCAUUUUGGAAGCUUUUGGCAAUGCUAAAACAAUUCGAAAUGAUAACUCAAGCCGCUUUGGGAAAUACAUUGACAUUCACUUCAACCAAAAUGGUAUAAUAGAAGGAGCUCGGAUAGAACAGUUCCUUCUGGAGAAGUCUCGAGUGUGUCGCCAGGCUCCUCAGGAAAGAAACUAUCACAUAUUUUAUUGCAUGUUAAUGGGGAUGAAUCUGGAACAGAAAAAAAUGUUGAAUCUUGGCACUACUUCAGAGUAUACUUACCUAACUAUGGGCAAAUGCACUUUCUGUGAAGGCCGUAGUGAUGCCAAGGAAUAUGCUCAUAUAUGCUCAGCUAUGAAAAUUCUCAUGUUCUCUGAUUCUGAGCAGUGGAACAUAAGCAAAUUGCUGGCAGCCAUUUUGCAUCUAGGAAAUGUAAAAUUUGAAGGUAUUGUGUAUGAAAAUUUGGACGGCUCUCAUAUUCUUGACUCUGUACAUUUUUCCACCGCAACCAAACUGCUAGAGGUGGAUUCUAAAGAACUCCAUAAGAGCCUUACAAACCAUUCCAUCAUCAUCCGAGGGGAAAGUGUCUCUACGCCCCUAAGUGUGACUCAAGCAGCCGAUGUGAGAGAUGCCUUUGUCAAGGGGAUCUAUGGAUUCCUCUUCAUCUGGAUAGUGAAUAAGAUCAAUGAUGCAAUUUGUGGUCCUUCUUCUCCAGAUGAGAAAAAAAUGUACAAAUCCAUUGGGCUCCUGGAUAUAUUUGGCUUUGAAAAUUUUAACACUAACAGUUUUGAGCAGUUUUGCAUCAACUUUGCCAAUGAACAUCUCCAGCAAUUCUUUGUACUCCACAUCUUCAAACUGGAGCAGGAAGAAUACUUAGCUGAGCAAAUCUCCUGGAACCAUAUUGACUUCAAGGAUAACUGUGCCGCUUUGGAAGACAUUGUACUCAAACCCAUGAACAUCGUUUCCCUGAUUGAUGAGGAAAGCAGAUUUCCCAAAGGGACAGACACCACUAUGCUAAACAAAAUCAAUUCGCACCAUGGCAGAAGCAAAAUCUACAUUCCUCCAAAGAAUGUCCAUGAUACAAUUUUUGCUAUUAACCAUUUUGCUGGAGUUGUUUAUUACCAGUCAAAAGGUUUCCUUGAGAAAAAUCGUGAUAUGCUUAGCUCAGACAUAAUGCAACUUGUUCAUUCAUCCAAAAACAAAUUCCUCAAAGAGAUCUUCCAGGUAGACACAAACAUGCAUGUUCUGCCUUUUGGCCGUGGGACCAUUAAGCACCUUGGAAAGGAUUCCUUAAAGGGUUCAGAUUCUGGCAAACGCUUGCCUACACUAGCAGGACAAUUCAAACAGUCUCUGGAGCAAUUGAUGAAAAUCUUGAAUAGCUGCCAGCCUUAUUUUAUCCGCUGCCUUAAACCCAAUGACCAAAAAAAACCAAUGCAAUUUGAUAGAGAACUCUGUAUCCGACAACUGUAUUACUCUGGCAUGAUGGAAACCAUCCGGAUUAGGAAAGCUGGCUACCCAAUUCGCUAUAGCUUUGCAGAUUUCUUUCAGAGAUACAGAGUCCUACGGCCAGUGCCAGUUAGGGAACAGCUGAAAAAUGAUGUUCGUCAGAGUUGCAUUUGUAUCUGUAAGAAAGUAAUGGAAGAUGAAGAUUGGAAAAUUGGCAAAACCAAAGUUUUUCUGAAAGAUUAUCAUGAUACGGUCCUGGAGGUGCAGCGUGACAAGGCGCUCAGAGAAAAAGCCAUUCUAAUUCAGAAGGUGUUGAGGGGAUUCAAAGACAGGAAACAGUUUCUGAAGCAGAGACAAAGUGCUGUAAUUAUACAGGCAGCCUGGAGAGGAUACUUUGCUCGGAAAAAAUUUAGAAUGCUCAUAUUGGGAUUUGAACGUCUGCAAGCCCUUUUCCGGAGCAAACAGCUUAUGAAGAAGUAUGAAGAAGCCCGUGGCAACAUGAUUAAGUUUCAAGCAUUGUGCCGAGGUUACCUGAUGCGCCAGAAAAUUGCUGAGCAGUUGAAAGCUGUGUGUGUGAUACAGGCUUAUGCCAGGGGAAUGUUCGUUCGUAAGACUUUGCACAAAAUGAAGAAGAACAUUAGUAUUAUAAUACCAGCCCUUGGAGAGUACUCUCAUUCCUCUAUGAAAGAAAACAAACAUGAAUCAAUGUAUGAUGUCAUCAGUGAUCAAGAAAUGGUGGACAGAGUAUUUGGUUUCUUGCCUUCUUUCAUUGGGGGGCAAGAAGGCCAAGCUCCUUUGGGCUUUGAGGACCUGGAGAAAAAAACACAGACACACAAGCUGCAAGAGGUAGACCUGGAUAUGAUCCCCAUGACGAUAGAGCUGGACGAGGAGGCAGAUGACUUGGCACAAUACACCUUCCCCAAAUUUGCAGCAACUUACUUCCAAAGAUCUGCCACUUAUACGCACAUUAGACGUCCACUGCGCCACCCUUUGCUUUAUCAUGAUGAAAAGGAUGAUAUUUUGGCAUCUCUAGCUGUGUGGACCAUCAUUUUGCAGUUCAUGGGUGAUUUGCCAGAAAGAGUGCAGAAUAUCAACAGCAAGAGAAGUUCCAACGAGACCCAGAUUUAUGAAAAUUUUGGCAAGAAAAACCAUCCGCAGCCUGUAAGCAGUUCUCAUGCAGAUAUAAAAAGCCAGUUGAUGAACGGGGAGGAUAUGUUUCAAGAGGAAUCCUCUGAGUCUGAGAGGCCUAUGUCUAACCUUGAAAAAGUGCAGUUUAUCAUUGGAAAUGCUAUCCUGCGUCCUGCCAUCAGGGAUGAGAUUUAUUGCCAGAUCUGCAAACAACUCACUGAAAACAAUAAUAAAACUAGUUAUCAUAGAGGUUGGAUCUUGCUGUCCCUCUGCCUUGGUUCUUUCUGCCCUUCGGACCAGUUUGUGAAGUAUCUACUAAAUUUCAUUCGGGGUGGUCCAUUAUUGUAUGCACCAUAUUGCUCUGAACGGUUGAGGCGAACUUAUAUGAAUGGAACACGAUUUGAACCACCUAGCUGGAUGGAGCUGCAGGCAACCAAGAGUAAGAAGCCAAUUACACUUAGUGUAAUCAUGAUGAAUGGCAACAGUACCAAAGUGUUUGCAGAUUCAGCCUCCACUGCAAAGGAGAUCUGCCAACUGGUAGCUGAUCAAAUGAACUUGAAAGACACAUUUGGCUUCUCUCUCUACAUUGCUUUGUAUGAUAAGGUCUGGUCACUGGGCGGUGGACGGGAUCACAUCAUGGAUGCCAUUUCUCAGUGUGAACAACAGGAAAAAGAGAAGGGCGGUCACGUACAGUAUACUCCUUGGCGUCUCUAUUUUAGAAAAGAGAUCUUUACCCCCUGGCACAACUCCAAAGAAGAUCCCAUCAGCACUGAACUCAUUUAUUAUCAGAUAAUACGUGGCAUCCGGUUUGGAGAAUACUGCUGUGAAAAGGAGGAGGACUUGGUGGAAAUUGGAGCCAAAUACUGUUAUAUCAAGUUUGGAGAGUCCAUCCAAAAUGAGUUGGUUCAAAGUAUUCUUCAAGAAUGUAUCCCGGCAAAGCUACUAAAAUCCAAAUCCCAAGAGAAGUGGGUGAAUCUCAUCACAUAUGCUCACGCUAAGGCAGCUUACACACAGGACCAGAUUUCCCCUCAAUGUGUAAAGGAGCAGCUGGUAGACUUUGCCCGUGAUCACUGGCCUCUGCUCUUUUCUAGAUUCUUUGAAGUUACUAAAUUUUCAGGGCCCAGUCUGCCAAAGAAACAUUUCAUUGUGGCAAUUAAUUGGAAAGGUGUAUGUUUCCUAGAUGACACUGAAAGAAGACUGCUAGACUUGUCUUUUCCAGAGAUUAUUGGCAUCCAUACCAACAGGGGAGUCAAGACAUUUGGGCAAAGCUGCACUCUUAGCACACUGCGGGGUGAAGAGUUUGUCUUGACAUCUGUCAAUAGUGUUGCAAUUGCAGAAUUAAUGGUUAUGUUCCUGGAAGGACUGAAAAAGCGAUCACUUUAUGCGGUGGCAAUAGAAGACAAAAAACCUCAAGGUGACACUACCAUUUUGGCCUUCAGGAAGGGGGACUUGUUGAUUUUAAUCCAGGACAAAAGACUAGGAGAAAAUCAAGGCUGGAUUUCUGCUCAAAAUGAGCGAACCAAUGGUUCUGGGCUUGUGUCAUUAGAGACCAUCUAUAUCAUCCCUACAGUUACAAAGCCUUCCAGUCAAAUAUUGAGCUUGCUGAUGAUGUCACCUGAACAACGGAAGUUACUAUCGCUAAACUCUCAUGUGGAAGAACCCGAAGAAGAGAAUGAAAAUGUGAAGCCAUAUACACUGGAAGAAUUCUCCUAUGAGCACUUCAGAGUACCUGAGAAGGAGUCAAUCAGCAAGGCUGUUUUACCCAAGUCCCGAGGGCGGAGUCAUCUGUGGAGUCAUUCUAGGGAACCCCUGAAAAAGCCUUUGCUAAAGAAAGUGUGUUCUAAUCCAGACCUCUGGGACUUUGCUUGCCAGACCUUCAAUGCCAUUAUGAAAUACAUGGGAGAUUAUCCCUCAAAGCAAGAGAGGUCUCCUGUGGAACUUACUGACCAGAUAUUUUUAGUGGCAAUCCAGGAGGAAACUUUGCAAGAUGAGAUCUACUGUCAGAUCUUGAAACAGUUAACAGAAAACCACAACAGGUAUAGCCUGAAUAGUGGUUGGCAGUUACUCUGGCUCUGUACAGGCCUUUUUCCACCUAGUAAAUCAUUGCUGAAACAUGUUCAGAAGUUCAUUGAGACUCGUCUGAAGGAGAAUCUGGCAUUGGAAUGCAGACAUAGGAUCCAAAAAGUGAUGAGGAGUGGCUGUCGGAAGUGGGCUCCACACAGUGUAGAAGUGGAGGCAAUUCAGAAUAAUAUCACCAAGAUUUCUCACAAAGUUCAUUUUCCAAAUGAAAAAGAGCAGGUUUUUGAUGUAGGAACAAACACAAAAGUAUGGGAUCUAUGUCAGAUGAUUGGCAACAAGAUGGAAUUGAGCUCCUUGGAUGGAUUUAGCCUCUUUAUCAAGAUUUCAGAUAAGGUGAUCAGCCAGAAUGAAGCAGAUUACUUCUUUGACUCCUUAAGGCAGGUGACAGACUGGACUCGGAAGAACAGGCCAGGAAAAGAGGCGUUUCCCACCACUAUGAAUUAUCAAGUAUAUUUCAUGAGAAAGUUGUGGUUGAAUGUGAUACCUGGGAAGGAUUUGAAGGCUGAUUGCAUCUUUCAUUAUCAUCAGGAACUGCCAAAGUAUCUGCGAGGCUAUCACAAGUGCUCAAAAGAGGAUGCCAUUCAACUGGCUGGGCUGAUUUUCAGAGUUCGUUUCAACAGUGAUCAAACACAAUAUGCUGCAAUUCCUAAAAUACUGAAGGAACUAGUGCCUGAGAACAUGAUUCCAAUACUAUCCCCAGAGGAGUGGAAACGGAAUAUUAUUUCUGCUGUCAACAAACUUGGACAAAAAAGUGUGGAUGAGGCCAAAGUCGCCUUCUUGAAGUUCAUAUAUCGUUGGCCAACAUUUGGCUCAGCCUUCUUUGAAGUGAAGCAAACAUCAGAGCCAACUUUUCCUGACAUAGUACUGAUUGCUAUCAACAAGCAAGGAAUUUCCAUAAUACAUUCAAAGACCAAGGAAAUCUUAGCUCUUUAUCCCUUCAAUAAAAUUUCUAACUGGAGCAGUGGUAGCACAUAUUUUCACAUGACAAUAGGGAACCUGGUACGAGGAAAUCGAAUACUUUGUGAGACAUUUUUGGGUUACAAAAUGGACGACUUGUUAACAUCAUAUGUUCAUUUGCUAAUGAACAUUGUAAACAAACAGAAAAAGCCCAAUGUCCCUGCCUGAAGAUGCAGCUAUCGUCAUGCAAAGGUUAUACCCGAUUUGCAAUAUUUGCUAUCUGGAAAGAAUUGGGACUUGGUUAUUUUGCUUUUUUGUUUUUGACUGAAAUGAAGAGGACCAUAAGUGUGGGCUUAUGCUGACUGCAGCUUAAUCGUAUCUGGCUUGGCUACAAGUUGUACUUCAGCAUAUCAAGAUUUUGUCCCAAACUAUUAUCUUUUUAAUAAUUAUAGCCUCUUUCCUUGGAAAUAUUGAUCACAUUCUUACUGUAUUCUAGCCAUCAGCAGUACAGUGCAAAAAGAU